AUGGCGGAGUCGACGGGUGCCUCAGGGGUGCUCUCCCGAGCUAGUUCAUGGCAAUUUGAUAUUGAUCGAUACUUGAACCCAUUCAUUCCAGCGCCGAAAUGGCACUUGGUAUCCAGGCCCGUGGCCCAUUAUAUGGGCUAUCGUGCUGAACCACCCAAGCAGCUUGGGAACGUUAUUAUUGCCAUUUGGUCUCUCAUCGGUGUAUUCUGUGGCGUGGCCCUGGUGGCCUCUGUUUCCCAGCAUGUGCCAUCCUUUAAGACUCGGGAUGCUCCAGCCAUUUUAGGCAGUUUUGGUGCUGCAGCCGUUCUUGAAUUUGGUGCCAUCGACUCGCCUUUUGCACAGCCGCGAAACGCAUUCUUCAGCCAGAUGAUUGCCUGUCUGGUAGGCGUGAGCAUUUCCAAGCUCUUUGCCUUAAACCCGAACGCCGAGAACUAUACUUCCCUUGGAGGUGCCUUGUCCUGUGGGCUAACCACCUUCCUCAUGGUUCUCACCAAUACUGUACACCCGCCGGCGGGUGCCACAUCGCUACUUGCCGUCACCAAUUCCCAAAUUGUAGGGCUGGGCUGGUUCCUAUUCCCAGUGGUAAUCUUGGGUGUCACUCUUAUGCAGGCUGCGGCGCUGCUAAUUAAUAAUAUCCACCGGCGGUUCCCAUUAUACUGGUGGACAUCCCGUCCUCUCUCGCGAUCGCAAAACCGAGACGUUAAGCAAGAUAAGGAAGCUCUUUCUCUUCCCAGUCAAUACGAGGACAGCUUGAAUGAACCACGACAGCUGGUGGUGGGACGAAGCGAAAUUCUGGUUCCGGAUGGAGUAUACCUGACCGCAAUGGAGCGCAAAGUUUUAGGAAAGAUCCAAGAACGUAUAUAA